CCGACACUGGUCGACACUGCCGACAGCACUUGUGCAUCGGGUGUAUAUGUGUGCUUCAGAUCAGAGCCGACUAGCCGAGUCAGCCGAGAUAUGCGACGGGAUAUUGUUGUUUGUUGAUGGUAGACGCGCUUCGGGCUCCGGAAUUAUUACUUUCUCACGUUAUUACGAGAUUUUUGGGGAAGAAUGUCUUACCAAUUGUAUAGAAACACAACGUUAGGAAACACGCUGCAAGAGAGUCUCGACGAGCUGAUACAGUAUGGGCAAAUAACGCCACAGCUAGCAAUAAAGGUGUUGCUGCAGUUCGACAAAGCUAUUAAUCAAGCUCUAGCAACGAGAGUUAAAUCGAGACUUACAUUUAAGGCUGGCAAAUUAAACACAUAUAGAUUUUGUGAUAAUGUAUGGACUUUUAUGCUAAAUGAUGUUGAAUUCCGUGAGGUUCAGGAAGUUGCGAUAGUAGAUAAAGUAAAAAUUGUUGCCUGCGAUGGGAAGAGUUAACUCAUUGGACGUGGAUGGAGCAGCGAGACGAUAACAAAUUUAGCGUUUUAUAUUACAUGAAGAAAUCUUUCUUAUAUUGUCAAAAUAAACUCUUUUUCGUGAUAAAUAACAAGGCAAAUAAGACAAAAUAAUAUAAAAAA